ACAGUUGACCGGAAAGGAUUCUAGCAGACAUCAGAUUAUCGAUCGAAUAAAAUAUGCAAUAAGCUCAUGCUUCGGCGGCUUUAUAAUAUUUGCUGACGUUAUAAAGAAUACAAAGAGUGAAAAUGGAUGCACCUUUUAAGAAACUCGCUUCGGAGGCAGGAUCAUUUUUCAGUAGGGCAAAGCAGUUUACUGAAGAAGCGUUAGGUGGGAGUAGUACUGAAAAAACGCCUUUAGAUCCUCAUCUGGAACAGCUUUUGCAGCGAGCCGAUGCCACUAGAAAUCAUACAGAAAGAAUCGUUAAAGACACAGAAGGCCUUUUACAGCCGAAUCCCAGCGCUCGGCUCGAUAAAUUUGUAAAUGAUGCUCUAGAAAGAAAAUCCGGGAGAUUAACUGAAUCUGAAAACCUUGGCACGGGUAUGAUGGAUGCCGGAAAUGAGUUAGGUGGCCCGUAUGGAGCCGCCUUAGCUCGUGUAGGAAGAGCUGAACAACAACUUGGAGGAGCAGAAAAAGAAUUUCUAGCUUCGGCAAUGACAAGUUUUGUUCAACCUCUUCGAGCUUUUCUAGACGGAGAUAUGAAAACAAUACAAAAAGAACGUCGGAAUCUAAUAGCUAGGCGAUUGGAUUUAGAUGCGGCUAGAGGAAGGCAGAAACGAGCUGAGCAAGCAGCUGGAGGUCCUGGGAGUACCAGCGAAGAGUUAUUAAAAGCCGAAGCUGAUGUACGAAAUGCUCGUAGCGAAUUCGAGAGGCAAGCGGAAGUUACAAGAUUGCUUCUGGAGGGGAUGGGAAGCGCCCAUAACCACCAUCUGCGUUGCCUACACGAUUUCGUCGAUGCGCAGCAUUCAUUUUAUGCGCAAUGCGAAAGGAUCACAGCCCAACUUCAAAGGGAACUCGCUAGUUGCAACUUGGAAAUGGCUCCACCAGUAGUCAUCGGCAACGACACUAAUAUGCAGUAGGAGAUAUUCCUCUUGUUUCAAUUUUUCCGUUUCAAUAUGCUGCCAGUUUAUUUGAUGUUGUACGAAUUCUUAAUCUACUUAACAGUCUUACUCUAUAUCUCUUUUUCUCUAGUCAUUAUCUAAAGUGUGAUUUGUCGCUAGUUUACAAUGCCUUAGAACUCCUGUUAAACUCAAACACAAAAAUAUACUUUACUAAAAUGUCUAUGCCAAAAUUAAUUCUAUCAUAGCUGUGCAGACUUAAUAUCAUUGCGCUAACAAAAUUGAUUGUUUAUUUAUUGGGACAGAAAUGCCAUUAGAAAGUUAUUGCUUCUUAUUCUUUCCGGAGAGUUGUCUUUUCAAUAGAAUUUGAGUGAUUUUCUAUAGGAGAGAUUCUCGGAAGAUAUAAUAUGAAAUAUCGGUAAGCUCUUUUGUCAAUAGAUGUUAUUCAAUUAUUUAAAACUUCUUUUAUACUAAUACAACUAAAAUUUUAAGACAAGUAAUAAUAUGAAAACAAUAAUUGGCAGCCGGAAUUAUUACUGAUAUGUCUAUUAUAUAUGCUGCUUCUAUACUCUAUAUGCAUAAACUUACAACUAUUAGUCAUCAUCCUCAUCAAAUAAUAUCAUUUUCUAUUUGAGAUGAACACAAUACUAAUGAUUCGUAUUAAUAUUUAAAUAUUACAGUCUACCGCAAGUUCAAUAUUUCGCUGCAUGAUUGAGAAAGAGGAAUAGUGAUGCUUAAGACUUUCUAGAAGAAAGAACUGACUUAAGACGUCUAGAAAUUAUUCAAACAAUCUUACAUUUGCCCACUGUCUGAAUUCUUCCGGACUUGUUCUAAAUACGGGACCAUCAUAGAGAUUUACUCUAACAACAAAAGCAUCAAAAAAUGUUUUAUAGAACUAAGAGAUUUUCAAUGAAGGAAGAAGAUAUGGGCUUCGGUACUUAUUUCCUUUAUUACUACAGUAUAAACAAGCAUUUUAAAAGGAACAUAUAGGACUUCACAUUUGUUAUAUGAAAUUUUUUUCUAUACAGAUUACCGAAACCCCUCGAGAGGAAAUGUAGUAAUUCAUAAAUAUUUAUUACAUAAUAAUACAAUAUAAUAAUGAAAAUAUACAAAGAUCAUUAUUAAAAUAUCUUUUUUAUCAAUUAUCCUCUAAUUUCCGAAUUUUACUAGUCGAACAAUACGUUAUGCUUCAUCAGUUCUUUGAUAAAAUCAGAGUAUUCUCCUAUAACAAGAUUUUCUAAUUGAACUACAAUAUUUUUAGUCUGGUUGGCAUGACAAUAAUACAUUGUUU